AUGUCUAUAAAAUCGCAGAAAUCAUUGAACGAUGAGUGCUCGGAAAUAUUUGAAAAAGGAUAUUCGCUGUCUGAUAGAAGUGCCUCGGAAGAAAGUUUAUCAUGUGGAGAAGAUGAGAGUUUAGCUCGCGAGCUGAUGAACAAGAUGACGCCAGCGGUCCUGAACAAGCUGAGACGAGCGUUCAAGAAAAAUAAAGAAAGAAAUAAAUCUAGAGAUAUCGAAAGAAAAGUAGAGGAAGUGAUGCGUCAGGCCGCAGCUGAGGAAGGCAUAGAGUUUGCUGCGCACGCGCCUCAUGCUGAAGACACGCUGUGGCUGGAUGAGAAGGCAUUCGUCGAUGCACUUGACGCCAUUUUUGGCCACCACAAAUACACGACGCAUGCGCACAAACUCUUCCAACUCUUGGAUAGCUUCUGCACCGGCAAGGUCUGGUGGAGACAGCUGAUCGACAGACUGGUGGCUGUCGGCGUCAAGAAGACCAGAUCCAGAGCUGAUGUUUGGAAACCGGCUAAGGAGGAAGGAGUGAAAAGAUUGGAACAUUGUAAGCGGGAGACCAUAAUCAAACUAGUGAGUCUGGAACGAGAAGACUCGUUCUGUUACGUCGCUGUGUCCAGAGGAGGAAGGAUCGGAGUCUAUAGUGGAGAACUGGUCUUGGUGCAUUCAUAUGAGGUUUUCUAUCACAGAACUGGUCUACGAAAGCGUAUUAAGAAUUGCUGGAUAACUGAUGCAAUAUACUUACACGAUGUCCAAAAUUUGGUGUUAUCAGCAUCCGACAGGAGCCUUACAAUCUAUGACACCUCCACAUUGACUCACACCCCAGUUUUCUGCAUCAGUGGACUACCAAACAUUCCUACCUGCCUGUCGUACAGUCCCUCGUCUCCAACAAACGAGGGAUCAGAACUGGCAUUCGGGACUGAAAGGGGGGACAUCACCCGCGUGAGGUUCCACCAGCCGAGAAUGUCUCUCUUCCACAGCAAGUCACCAGAGGCCAUCAACUAUUACUUUUGGAUGGAGCUGACCUCUCCCCCACACACAACCUACUGCGGCAUCACAACCUGGCGCAGAGUGCACUCGCGAUCUGUUCGACGUCUCUCGUACACUAGAGACGGAGAUAUACUCGUGUCCUGCUCACACGACUCUACCGUCAGCGUCAGGUCCAGGCACGUGCCAGGAAAGCUGACUGAUUAUACGUUUAAGGUGCAGAGGGGCGUGUCCUGUUUCCACAUCAUCACGCCGCUGCACCUCCUCGUGACAGGCAGCGUGGACGGCGUCGUCCGCUUCUGGGAGACCACGCAGGCGUCCCCCUUCGCGGCCCUCGCCGCGCCCACCUGCCCCGCGGUGUUGGAUGUGGCUGUCAUACCACAGGAGGAGAUUGUAGUGGCUUAUUGUAAUAACUGUACUGUACACAUCUGGGAUAUGUAUGAGGAGUGUCUCCUGCAGUCCAUAAAGCUCCACUUCCCGUUCCUGGGAGUACUCGGGAAGAAAGUCGAUUUUGGUGCAUUCUCUAUUCAUCCCGGGCCAGCAAGAAAACGUUUGUCUCAAUGCGAAAGCCGAGCGGAGUCUCCUUUAGAACCGAUCUCCCGGCGAGGGUCCAGCGUGUACCAGGGCUCCACAGGCGGUCUGAUGCUGCAACCAGAGCCAGAAGACGAUUGGCAGACCAGGGAGUUGGAGCAGGAACCAGAAUACACCCGCUUUAACCGGCCAGAAGUGCUCAUAACCGGUUGUGACCACGUGUGCACGGUCGUGAUCGGCGAGCGCGGCGCGCGGCGGCCGGCGCUCGGCCCGCCCGGGGGCCGGCCCUCCGCGUGGGAGCUCCCUCGUGAUGUACUCUCCGCUCCGUCGCUGUCCAGAAGCUCCCCCAGGACGCCCCCGGCCGCCUCGCCGCGCUUCCUGGCUCCAUCCGUCGCUGAAUACCCAGCACAAGACCUGGACACGUUGCUGGAGAAUGCUGGCCUUCAAGGAAUAUUGGAGAAGGAUUUCGUUUUGAUGCAAGGCCUGAAACACGACUUGAACAGAAAGCUGGCUGAGAUGGAAGCUAAUAUGGAUGCUAUGGCGAGUGCUGUGAGUGUGGGUGCUCCGUAUUUCGCGCUGAAGACCUUCGAGCCGGAUCCGAUGGCUCCCGCCAACGAAAUGAGCGACGAGUAUAAGGAGAUCAUGAAAUUGUUCCCGGCGACUAGUGUUGGGCCUACUCCCACUGGAAGCGAAAGGUCGUCGCCGAGAAAUAGAAAAACUAGUCAGUUUAGUCAGCUAAGCUUACGUUUAUAAAUAAAAAAACAAUCAGACUAUUUAGGUAAUUGUCAGAUGUAUGUAAUGAUAUAUUUUGUGGGUGAUAAUUUGGCAAGUUUUUUUCAAUAGACAAAAUGUAUGAAAUAUAAACUCUUGCUCGAUGUUGUUUUGGUAUUAUGCCAGCAACACACUAGUUUGUAUGAGAGUUUUUAUUUACCGCGAUGAAAAACCAGCAAUGUAUGCUGAAUCAGCCUAGUUCGGCGAACUGGGGGCUUACUAUCAUAUCAUAAUGCGAUCCAAUCAGGACAACUGAUCUGCAUCGCCAAUUCGUACUUUCGAGUUAGUGUUUACUAAUGCCAUUCAUAAAAUUCCAUAUUUUUUAAAAAUCCAGCGGGUUCCUAAAUUUAAUAGCGCCGCAGUGGAAUCGCUCACCAAACUUGGGCAGCUUUUUUUCAGCGCCAUCUAUCGGUUUAAGUGAGAAAUACAAUAUAAACCUCGAUCCGCCAUCUAGCGUAAAUUAAAGAAAAUAAAAUGUACAAAUUUAUACUAUAUGGUUUGGCUACUCACUGCUAGAUGGCGUAACGUGAAAUGAAUUACUAUUCAGAGAUAGAUAGCGUUACGUGUAAUUUAAAUCAGAAAAAACGAAAUUCCGAUUCGAAAUAUGAUGCUGCUGACAAAACGGAAACAUUUACAAUAAUAGCUAAAAAUAAAAUAACUCAAAAUUACAUUUGUAUUUUGUUAUAUCUAGCUGGCAUAUAUCUAAGUCAGAGAUUAAGCAUUGCCAUUCAACGUGCCAAUUGCAGGGACUGGCAUUUUUGUAAAUAUAUGAAUGAUCCCUUUCUUUUUUAAUUCUCAUUAUUAGUUUUAAUUUCUUUUCUUUUGGUUGUAGUACAAUGUAGAAAAUAUAUAUUAAGAGUAACAAUUUAAAAUUGCAAUUAGGAAUCGAUUUUCACGAUAAUGUAUGUAUGAAUUAGAAAUAAUAAUUACAAUAUUUUUAAGUGUGUUUAUCCUAAUUUUUUCUGUUAUCAAAGUAAAUGGACACGCAGUCUCACAUCGAUCAUCGGGGGUUAUCUAGUUAGCUAUGAUUUAAUUUACAGACAACACAUUAGUUAAAAUGAAGGGCCUAAACAAACAUCCACCCAAUCAGGAGUAUUGCAGACUCAGCUCGGAUAGACAUUAGAUUUUCAUUGGCUGUCAACACAGAGUACUGACACACAGAUAUAUUACAGCUUUAUAUCGAUGUCAUUAAGCUUGAUGUAGAGAAUUUGAAGAAAAUCCCACUGAACAUUGGCCGGAUGUACCUAGGAGAGAGUCCUUCACUUCCUGUUUUAAGGAGUUCCGGCCAUUUUAUUGGCUGGAAAGGUAUACUUAAUUAUUUAAGUAUAACCUUAUCUUCAAAUCCUAUUAAACAAAGUUCUCUGCCUUCUUUGUCUGUCUGUUCGCGAUAAACUCAAAAACUACUACGGAUUUUCAUGGAGUUUUCACCAACAGUGAUAAUUUAUUUGUUUUUACCGGAGCAAAUUUUCUUUGAAAGUCACGUGUCUGACACGUUUUUAUGGUUAAACAUAGAUAAUGCCCAGGGAUUAAACAUAGGCUAGCACGGGCAACCGUUAGUUUCAAAUUGCAAGCUCUGUUCCUCGUCCUACUCUGUCCAUUCUUUCUCAUUAUUAGCGCAAAGAGUUGUUUUAUUCCACCGUUGGUGAGUUAGCACACAAUUUCCCAUUUACCUCGUCUCAUCAUCACAUCCAUUUACAAAAACAAACCUUAACACAUCCAAAUAGAGUACAUUUCCAAUCAACGCUUUACAUUGAUGAGGAUCUUUCAAGUAGUUAUUGCAAUUUGGAAUUUAUUGGGAUAGAGAUAGGGUUAUUUUUACGAUGUUUUAGUGAAAAUACUUGAAGCGACCGAUUGCUCAGAAUUAAGGAAAUAAGCAGUUUUAAUUGCUGGCGAUAAUUCCGGCGAUUUUCCGUCGCGCCGUCGGAGCGCAAUUAGUUGUCUUUGCCUAUUGGUUGUAAUCAACGUUUCGUUGAUUAGUUACUGAUUCAUACCUGGAUUUGUUUCGUAUAUUUACUUAGAGCCAUGCCCCAGUGCUCAGUCGGGCUCCGUCGUCUUGAUGUCCAUUGACAGACUAUACAGAACAACGCAGAAAUUAUAUUGAGAUUCGAUUGUUACGAUGGCGCAUCACGUUGUAGAGAGCUCCGUUGUUUUCUAUAGGGUUUGACUAUUAUUCUUUUAUCUAUGGGUUUGACACUCACAAAUGAGUUGACGUGCAUCGAAACUUCAUACAAUUUCUACGUUCUUCGUCGACGGAUAUCAAGUCAACAUGACGGAGGAAAGAUUCUUGUAUUCUCGCUCUCAGAUUGUAUGUACUAGAACGAUAGACUAAUCAAUUAAAUACUUCCAUUAUUAUUUUUUAUUUUAAUGUCCCAUAGCUGGACAAAAAGCCUCGGAAAACUUUCCGCCUCCACAAGGUCUAUAGGAAAUUCUUAUAAGGAAAACAAUAUUAACUAUAAUUGUGAAAUGGAAGGAAAGGAAGACGUAACCCAUCUUCGGCAGGAUGCAGGGAAAUGGAAAUUUUAACUGCAUUCGUUCAGUGCACAAUUGCAGUCAUCAGCGUUGGAUUGAGAGCUUAUUAACGGUAAAGGAUGUAGCAUAAUUUCAGGUGUGUUCCCGCCCUAGAAUAGGACCAUUCCAUAUCUUCCCGCGGAUGUCGUACGAAGCGACUAAGGGGCUUUAGCAGCUGCAGGCCUCAACUUUUAGAGCUAAGCCUCAUUGCUUAGUCGUGCUCCGUUGCGACGACUAACUUCGUUGUAGGUCCGUUGUGCUCCGUUGUUUUCUAUAGGUUUUGUCGUACGUCGAAAAUUCAUAUAAUUUCUGCAUUAUUCUGCGUUGUCUGUCGACGCAUAAUUCCAAAGACGUUUUUACACCCAGUAUUUUCAGAGCUCAAUAAAUUAUGCCCACAAAUAGCUCUUUUUUUUGAGCAUGUGACAAUAAUGCCGAAAAUUUACCGACCAAAAAUAAAAUAUAAUAAAAACACCUAGUUUAUUUUAUAACAAUAGAUGUAGAGACCUCGAAAAUCAGAUCUGUUACAUACCAGUUACCUAUGUUUUUUUUUUAAUAGGUCUUAUAUUCGGAUAUAUGGUGCAUACUGCGCAAUCAGGCUUACCAAAUUGGUCAUAGGUACUUAUAUAUACAAUGUAAUGGUUGCAAAUCUGUUGUCCAAAAUGGCUUUUACGCGAGGUAUUAAAACCAUUAAUAUGGUCUAUGAGCGAAUCGACAUAUUCUCGUGCGCCUUGAGUGAAUUCACAAAAGUCACUUUAUUUGUCAUUUGUUAUGUGUUGUAAUUAAUAGUAUAUAAGUUUAUCGCAUUAGGUGUAUACCUGUAAUGGUAGUUGUAAGAAUAAAUAAAUAAAUUCAAAUUAUAGAGAUAAUCUUCUGAUUAUUUUUACAAUUUAUAUUAAAUUGACAAAUACGUGACAGUGUUCUCUGUGACAGUAGCAUUUUUGUUUCAAUUAUUUUAAAAAAUCAAUAUAGCCAUAUUGUCUGUAAUUUCGGAUGUCAAUUAAAAUCUUCCUCCAAACAAUACAACGACCUCCUACUGACAUAUCUCAGUAAUCCUAUUCAAAUAACACAUAAUGUGGUAAUAACUCUAUUCAUAGGGGAUUAUAACGCGUUAACGGUUAUUAAAUAACAUUAAAUAACGAUUAGCUACGGUUAUUAGCGGUAUGUUCCACGGUCUAAUGCGUUGUAUGAAUAUCUUGCCAAUUUUUUUCAUCUACAGGUCGAUGCUGAAUUUUUUUGAAUAGGUAACGAAAUUAUCUAAAUGUCUAAUGUUUCAACAAAUAGAUACUAUUCAACCAAAUGUUUAAUUAUAAACGCGAAAGUUUGUGAAGAUGUAUGUGUAUUUGUUACAAGAGUAACAAUCAUACAUACACAUUUUACGUGAAAGAUCACGAAAAAUCUACUGGACGGAUUGUUAUGAAAUUUGAUACACGAGUAGAAUAUAACCUGGAAUAAUACCUAGGGUACUUUUUAUCCCGGAAUUCCAACGCAAGCGAAGCUUCGGGGCGCAGCUAGUAUACCUAUAAAUAUUCUUUCCUAAACCUCUUUACGUGACGUGGGUGUGAGAAGCAAAGCGACGACAAGGAACAUUUUGAGGAAUAUUUUAGGGAAAGGACAUUUUUAAGUCGAAGGACAUAUUGCAUAUGGGAAAGUCAAUAAGUUCAUAAUCGCCCACAAUACAGCAAAACCUUGCCUACAAGUUUCGCAAUUCUAGGCUCUGAUGUUAAGGUUCCAUUGCUCCGUUGCGUCGACGUAGCGUGUAGCCUCUCCGUUGUUCCCUGUUGUUUUCCUGUAGUAUGUCGAAUCUCCAUAAAGUUUCUGCUUUGUACGUCGACGGACGUCGAGACAACUGAUGAGACCACGUCCUAAAAAGGCACACAAUUUUUUUUUUCUUAUUUUACAUAACCUAUGAACGUCACUGCAUUUAAAAUAUUGAACACUAGCAUCUCGCCCCGGCUUCGCUCGGGUAAAACCAUAAUAAAAAGUAGCCUAUGUCACUUCUGAUGGUUUCACCUAUCUCUGUGCCAAAUUUCAUUAUUGAAAUUCAUUCAUCACAUUCAUUUCAAAAUUGGCC